UAAUUGUCAUUUUGACAGAGUUCAGAUAGCUAGAAAAUGGAUUCAGAUGGGCUUUCGGAACAAAAGGAACGGGAUGACUUGAAGCCUCUCAAGGUUAUUCUUCAUGGCCCACCGGCCUCUGGAAAAACAACAUUGGCCAAGAAGAUUUGCCUGAGAUAUGGAGCACACUAUGUUUCGGUAAAGAGUAUGAUAGAAGAGACUCUACAAGAUCUGACUGCAAGAGAGUGCUGCUCAACGGAAGUCGCAUACAGUCGCAAAAGACGCGGUGUCCCCAUCAGAAAUGUCAUCCUCCUUCAUGACAAUGUCAGGCCACAUACAGCCGCUUUAACGAAGCAAAAACUGGAGGAUAUGCAUUGGGAAACUCUUGAGCAUCCUCCAUACAGCCCAGAUUUAUCGCCAUGUGACUAUCAUUUGUUUGCGCCCAUGAAAUAUGCACUUACUAUUUGAC